AUGAACUUAUGCACAAACAUCUCCUGGACUGGGCCCCCAGGGGUUCUGGGUAAUGUAGGUGGGAACGUUUCACUGGGAUGUAACAACAGCAGUGGUGGGCUGCCAAAGUACGGGGUGUCCCACAAUGAUGGGCUAUGUGGGUGCUCCAGCACCACAGUGACAGAGAAGAACUGGGCAGCGCUGCUCAUCCUGGGGGUAAUUGCACUCACUGUUGCCGGCAACAUCCUGGUCAUCAUGGCAGUAUCCCUGGAGAAGAAGCUGCAGAACGCCACCAAUUACUUCCUGAUGUCACUGGCUGUGGCUGACAUGUUACUGGGCCUGCUGGUCAUGCCUGUAUCCAUGGUGACUAUCCUGUAUGGAUACAGCUGGCCACUGCCUCCAACUCUCUGCCCCAUCUGGAUCUACCUGGAUGUUCUUUUCUCCACGGCUUCCAUCAUGCACCUGUGUGCCAUCUCCCUGGACCGCUACAUCGCCAUCCGCAACCCAAUCCACCACAGUCGCUUCAACUCCCGGACUAAGGCUUUCCUCAAGAUCAUGGCAGUCUGGACCAUCUCUGUAGGCAUAUCCAUGCCAAUCCCAGUUUUUGGCUUGCAGGAUGACUCCAAGGUCUUCAAGGAGGACAGCUGCUUCCUGACGGACGACAGCUUUGUGCUGGUGGGAUCUCUGGUGGCCUUCUUCGUCCCCCUCACCAUCAUGGUGGUGACAUAUUUCCUGACCAUCAGUGCAUUGCAGACGGAGGCCACAAUGUGUCUGGAUCAGCUUGUACCUAGGCCCCGCUGGGCAGCGCCCCUGAGCUUCCUGCCCCAAGGUUCGUUGUCUUCUGAGAAGCUGUUCUUCUGGCGUUCGUUGAGCGGGCGGGAGGAGGCAGCCCCAGCCUUCGGCCGCAGGACCAUGCAAUCCAUCAGCAAUGAGCAGAAGGCCUCCAAGGUACUGGGUGUGGUGUUCUUCCUCUUUGUGAUCAUGUGGUGCCCUUUCUUCAUCACCAACGUGCUGGCAGUAGUGUGCAAGGGCACCUGUGACGCAGAGGUCAUGGGGGGCCUACUCAACAUCUUUGUGUGGGUGGGCUACCUGUCCUCGGCUGUCAACCCGCUGGUUUACACCCUCUUCAACAAGACCUACCGCUCUGCGUUUUCCCGCUACAUUCGCUGCCACUACAGGGAGGAAAGGAAGUCACUGCAGCUGAUCCUAGUAAACACCAUACCCCCGCUGGCCUACACUUCUACCCAGCUGCCCCUGGGCCACAUCACCCCCCUCAGAAAUGGGGAUCCCUCCCCAAAGGUUUUAGGGUCAAAUAGGCCUAGGUCCCCGAGACCUCCAAAAGACCAGAGGAAGGAUGAAAAUGUCAGUAGCGUUUGA